UGAUCACGAGCCAUGCUUGAAAUAUGACGUCACGAACGAGUCACUUCACACACGUAUCCAUUCAUCCGCCCACCCACCACUCCGUCGUAUCUGAGUGUGCGAGUGAGGGCCGCACUUCAUCCACCUCCCCCCACCAUGAGUCGCCAUGCUCUCGUGUCGCGUCACAGCCCGCACACAGAGAGACACCAUACCAUCCACCACAGAACCACCAUCCACCGUCGACACACCCAGCCAGCAGCAGAGAGGCUGCACGCCGAUGGUCGUGUGUGUCUUUCUUGUUCAGACUUUGUAUCCGCGAGACUUCCUGCGUCCGCGAGCCUUCUCGAACUUCCGACCCUUGUGGCGCACAAACGCCCUGCAGUCAUUGCGCGCACACAAACAUGCGGUCGCCAAGCAGUGUGUCAUCUAGUUGUUUGGUUGGUCGGGUGCUUGUUUGUGUGACUGACUUGGUGGUGCUGUGUGGGACGCCCGGCGCCCGGCCGAAGUACUUCUCCGCCUCGCGGGCCUUGGUGGGGCCACGGAGUAGCACACAGUCCUUGCCUACAGACAGAGAGAGACACCGUUGACCUUGUGGACACUGCCUGCGUGUGCUGAUUGAUCCUGUCUGUCUACCUUCGGGGUGCCUCAGCACGAACUCGUCGAAUGUGAGGCACUCCCCGCCGGCCUUGAGGAUGCGGCUGCGGGCGGUCUCAGUGAAACGCAGCGCACACACAGACAGCUUCGGCACAUCCAGCAGACGAACGUCAUCUGAACACACACACACCAGAGAGAGAGAAAGAAAGACAUGGCGAUCACACAAACUGGCAGGCUGGCAGCUUGUAUGUCUGGCUCUCUAUCGCUAACCGGUGAUGGUGCCGACGACGACUGCGGUAUGUCCGUCCUUGUCCUGCAUGUGCUUGGUGAGUCUGGAGAGGGAGAGGGGCGGCCGGAACCGCCGCGACAUGAACAGGCGCUUCAGGACCACCUUGUUGAACUCCGCAUCCGUGCGGCGAGCCAAGAAACGAUACAACUGCCAGGACACACACGCGCACAAAACGGUCAGCAACCUCACCCCCCUCGCAGAUCCCCAUCUCAUCUGGGCCUGCCUCCCCCCUCCGCGUGUGUGCAUCCCCCUCCCUCCCUCUCUCUCUGCCUCCCAUGUGCUGCCUGCCUGGGUGGCUCCCUCACUGACUGACCUUGACGAGCAGUUUGGUGUAUGGGUUGUCGGAUUUGGCGUCCUUGCGGCAGGUCUUCUUGACCCGGCCGCCCGCCUUCAAGUCGAUACCCUGCAGCCACCAGGCAAAGGGGAGGGAGGCAGCCACGCAGGCAGGACACACACACACAACACACACAGGGAGGGAAAGGUGGAGGAAGAGACCCCAAAACUGACAGAUCUGGUGUCCUCUCGUCGGACUAAGCCGCUGUCCUCCCUGCCCUCGGUCUUACCAUCCUCGGAGCGUCCGCCUCCCUGUUGUUUGGCGUUUGGCGGAGGAGCGGUUUCACG